AUGUUGUCGUUCCGUACCGUCCUUCUUCUGUUUCUCUUCGCCUUGAUAGCCUUUGUUGGAUUCACCAAUGGAGAUCCAAGGUGUGGUUCAUCUUCGAGCUCGGAUGAAUUGUACGACCAACAGGCAGAACGAAGUUUGGACAAUGCAGACAAGUUUGGUAGGAUGACUCUCGAUUGCAAAACUACUACUAGUGGAGGCAGCGGUGCACACAACGGUACCAAGACGGUUAUAAAUCUAUCUAUUGGUCUCUUUUUCUAA